AUUCCGCGAAACGCUCUGAAUUUACGGACACACCCAUAAUCUACGUUGUGCUGGUUUCCCUAAUCACGCGAUAUGAGUGUUUAUGCUGUCCCUAAUCACGUGAUAUGAGUGUUUACGCAACCAGCAUGGCCGCUACCUAAGAGGAUUCAUGGUUCGAUCAUGACGCCGUUUUCACGCGAAAGGAGGCGUUGUCCCACCAGCGGCAUCAUUCUUCAUUAAAGCCGGUGAAUGAGAUCGCCCAACCCGUCCUUUUAACUUGACGACAUUAUUUUAUUAUUGUGGGGUUUUAGCUCAGAGUUUUAAUAUUAUUUUAACAAAAUGAUCAAGAACGGUCACCACACAUCGAAUGAGCCGGGGAUAGAGAGCGGUGCUAAGCCGGGAGACUUGGCUUGCAGCCCAGAGAAGAGGAAGCGCUCUGUCCGGGUGUGGUGUGAUGGGUGUUAUGACAUGGUGCACUAUGGCCACUCCAACCAGCUGAGACAGGCUAAGGCCAUGGGAGAUUACCUCAUCGUUGGCGUACACACGGAUGGAGAGAUCUCGAAGCACAAGGGUCCUCCUGUCUUCACCCAGGCAGAGAGGUAUAAGAUGGUGCAGGCUAUCAAGUGGGUGGAUGAGAUCGUAGAGGGUGCUCCCUAUGUCACCACACUGGACACACUGGACAAAUACAACAGUGACUUCUGCGUCCACGGAGAUGACAUCACUCUGACGGUGGACGGUAAGGACACGUAUGCGGAGGUGAAGAGAGAGGGCCGGUACCGGGAGUGCAGACGCACCCAGGGGGUCUCAACCACAGACCUGGUGGGGCGCAUGCUGCUCAUGACUAAAGCCCACCACAGCAACAUCGACAACUCAGACUACCAACAGCACACAGACAACUUUGGGAAGGGUCCUAAGGGCCACAGUCCAUGGACGGGAGUGUCCCAGUUCCUCCAGACGUCCCAGAAGAUCAUCCAGUUUGCCUCAGGACAGGAGCCCCAACCUGGGGACACCAUCAUCUACGUAGCCGGGGCCUUCGACCUCUUCCACAUUGGUCAUGUUGACUUCCUGGAGACGGUCUACAAACAGGCUGAGAGGCCUUACGUCAUCGUGGGACUGCACUUUGACCAGGAAGUUAAUCGCUACAAAGGGAAGAACUACCCAAUCAUGAACAUCCACGAGAGAACCCUGAGUGUCCUGGCCUGCAGGUAUGUAUCAGAGGUGGUGAUCGGGGCUCCCUACGCUGUGGGUAAAGAUCUGCUGGACCACUUCAAGGUGGACCUGGUGUGUCAUGGGAAGACGGAGGUGUUUCCUGACAAGGACACUUCAGACCCUUACGCUGAGCCUAAGAAGAGAGAUAUCUUCCGUACAGUAGACAGUAGUAACUGUCUGACCACCGAUGACAUCGUCCAGAGAAUCAUCAAGAACAGGCUGCAGUUUGAGGCGAGGAACCAGAAGAAGGAGGCGAAGGAGAUUGCGGUGUUUGAGGCGAUGAAGCGCCAGGCAGAGGGAGAGCAGGCUGGGGACAAGGCCCAGGCAGCACAGCAACUAGAUCAAACUAGUUCACACCAGAUCCAGCUGUCCCAAAACUGAUCCUAACCCAGCGUUUCCCAAACUGGAGAAACUCUGAAAUAACUUAUUUUUUAAAAAUAGCGCUUGGUUCAUAGAACUGGGGUUGUCAGUAACCUCCGGUAGCUGCUUGAUCCGGUUGUAAUAAUUAGAACAGUUUUUUGUUUUCUUCCUACAAAUGUGGCUAUCUUUUGAACGGUUUAAUCUACGGUUUCCCUCUACAAUGCCCAGAAGCCUCAGAACAGAGUGGACAAGACCAGGAACUAAAUCAGACUGGAGGAAAAAUAACAAAUGAUGUUAUUUUCUACACAGAUCAUACAACAUUAUUGUCUGAUCUUUUGAACUUCCCAAUACCUUUGACGCAUUUGGCACUUCAUAUCAUACUUCCUUCAGAUUGAAAUACUGUCAAAUGUUCUGUCAGACUGAUUUGUAAUAGACUGUCAUAGCCCCAAUUAAGAAAGCAAACAUUGGCUGUUGAUUUCAUCACUUUUUGUCACGAGUGUCUGCCAGUUUUCACUCCCUUGGACCUGAUGACUUAAGGUCCGUAAUUAAUAAGGAACUCCCCUCACCUGGUUGUCUAGGUCUUAAUUGAAAAGAAAAACCAAAAACCUGCAGACACUAGGCCCUCCGUGGCAUGAGUUUGACACCCCUGUCCCAGCCGAACCGGUUCCACCUGACCCAAACCGGAUCAGAUCAAACUGCAGAACCAGAUUUUAACACAAACUCAAACCAAGACCCACCCCCCCUCACCAGCUAAC